CAUCUUAAUUGACCCCAUAGUUCAACUUCAACGUUGUAGUUUCCGGUUUUCGAUUGUCUUGGUCCGUCAGCGAAAUACUUCCCGCAACCAACUACGAAAGACGAAGCAAUGAAAUGGCAACAACGUUUGAGAAAAACGGACCAUCGACUCAUGAACAAUGUGACAUGUCAAUAUUGUCCCAGACUAGACAAAAACUAGAAGGGCUCCUGAACAAGAACAUGAGAAUCCGUAUGACAGAUGGAAGGACUUUAGUGGGUCUUUUUCUCUGCACUGACAGAGACUGCAACAUCAUCCUUGGCUCAGCUCAGGAAUUCCUCAAAUCCACAGACACUUUCUCGCAAGGUGAACCCCGGGUUCUGGGCCUGGCCAUGAUCCCGGGUCACCAUGUAGUGUCCAUCGAGGUGGAGGCUGACAUUCUGGAGGACACACAAGGUUUUGGACGGAACCAUUGAGGGAAUGAGCGCAAAAAGUUAAAUGGAUGUUUUCCAGCUGGACUCAUUCAGCAUCCAGUGUGUUGAUGUUUGAUGCCAAUGAAACUUGUGCCCAAUGCAUACAAGGCUGUCCAAAUGACACAUCAUAGAAAGAAAACUAUUUAUUAAAAAAAAAAAAAAUGGAAAAAAAGAGCGAUGUUUUUGAUUGAUUUUAAUUUUGUUUUCGUUUUAUACUCUUAAAAGACCUGCUGUGGUAUGCAUUCGUAUGUCACGACUACAAGGACGAUAAAGUUUCAUACAUGCAAAAAAAAAUUUUAAUUGGUGCAUUUUGUUUGUUGGAUGCAGGUAAUACUGCAAUGCUUUUACUUGGCGUUGAACAAGAAGUUAUUGUGUGCUCGUUUUUAAUGUUGCGCCACUAGACUGGUCACGUCACUGCUGUUCUUGACAAUACUACAACAUGCAGACAAAUGGACCAAAUUGUCUUAGAAAUUACACAAAUAAGGUGUAAAAUUAUGUCGACUAAAACUGUCCAUGUUGGAGAAAAUUGAGUAGUACUUGAUCAACUGUUUUAUGUAAGACAAGUUGACAACGUACAAACCAGAUUGUGUCAUUUAGGUAUUUUUAAUGCAGUUCAACGUCUGCAACAGAAACAAUGAUAGUACAAUCAAAAUCUAAAUAAAUAACUUGUUUUAUCAAAUAAAUAGCGUUUACAAAUUGAGCGUCAGUGUAGAAAUAAGCAGUGAAUUAUAUGAACAAGGUCUCCUAUGAAUGCUUAUCCAACACAUUAAGACACUUUUGGUUUGCAAAUAGUUGCUGUUUUAAACAGCCGUUAAAAUGCAAAGUGGUUCUUUAAAAUAAAAGUGCUUAAAACUAAAAUCAUGUCUAAAUAUAUAUGUCCC